CUUGACUGAUGUCAUAUCGGAAAAAUAAAACACGAAAUAAACAACUUAUUUUCAUAUGUUUCUUUUAUAUUUAAUGAAAUAAUGCUUAUAAAAUUAAACAGAAAAUCUGUUUUUGCUAUUUAUCUUACAAUUAUCAAACCGUUUUUUGUUUUAUCACAAGCAAAUAUGUCCUCCGGCGUAGCUGACGCAGACAAAUACUCUGUUGCAUAUGUGACCGUGCCAAGCAUGGAAGUUGGCAAAACUAUAGGGCAUGGCCUGGUAAAGAACAAGUUAGCUGCGUGUGUCAACAUCAUACCACAAGUCACCUCUAUUUAUGAAUGGAAGAAUGAAAUCAAUGAAGAUAGUGAGUUACUACUUAUGAUCAAAACAAGAACCACCCAAGUGAACAAGCUGACAGAGUUUGUCCGUUCAAACCAUCCAUACGAAGUUUGUGAGGUCAUAUCAUUGCCAAUAAAGAACGGCAACCCACCAUACUUGAAGUGGAUCGGAGAAAAUGUGCCAGAGAGUGAUGAUAAAAAUUGAACUUUAGUUACGUAAGGUUAGGAUUUGUUUUAUUUUGUACUCACAUCUGAAUACUCUGUUUGGAGCUAACAUUCUGUCAACCCUGAGUUCUAAAGCAACAUAAGAAGAUAAGAAUGCGGAAUACAGAUGUUUCUUUCUUAGUAGGCAAAGGUGGUAGUAAAGGUAGUACUAUGGAAAAUAUCACUUGUGCAAUAUUUUGCACUUAUAACAAGUGCAAAAUAUUUCUUGAUUUUCCUAUUGAUGCAAAUCUCAUAUACUUUCUUGUCACUCAAAUAGGUAUAUAUAUCAAUACAUAUUAAAAAGUUAAGCCCCUAUUUUCUUUGUUUGUUAGUAUGCCCAAAUCUUUAGGGCAGUGUGGACGGAUUUUGUUCCUGUUUGAAAUAUUGGAAAGAGGGUUUUUAAGAAAGGCAUUUGUUAAUUAAAAUAAGUA